AUUUUUUAUAAAGUUUCUGCCAACAUGCAAAUACAUGGAUCUACAUGUUGAGAUCUAAAAAUGUAUUAAUCUUUAUUUUUAAAUCAAGUGCAAUUUCCUGUUAAUGUGUGAGCCCGCAACUCGUUUCACACAAUCUCAACCGCAAAUUACAGGGCGAUCUUCGUGUACAAUUCAAGAUACUGACUGCAGUUCUACACUAAUUAGCCCAAUCAUAACUGUGAAGUUGUAAAUCCGCCAAAACCAGGAAAGCCAGCGAAAACCACCCAGAUCCGCUUGGAGAUACAAAGACAUCCUCGACCGCCAAAAGGGGGCCAUAAAUGGCAAUCAACAGACAAUCAAUGGGUUAAACCCUUUUUGCUUUAUGAUCCGAAAACAAUUUAAGCUUUUAUUUGUUUUUGAUGCCACCACAACAAGUAAUCAAGAGCCGACAACCUGUCUUCCAAAUGGUAGCAAAUCAAAUUGGCCAACAAGAAGAGCAGAGCUUACCUGCACCGACCUGGAGCACGGAGCUAAGGGCAAUGAGCAUACAUCAUGGCCAGAAGUUGCAUUUGGACACUGCCCGAGUACGAGUGCAAUUGAUGGAUCACCGAAAGCCGAAAAUCGUUGCUGCAACAGUUGCUGUACUGCAGCAGUUGCAGUUGCAGUUGCAGAGGGACCAGCGCCAAAUGAGUUGAGAAGCAGUUGCGUAAAGCGAAACCAGCGAUAAUGAUCAUGCCAACGCAGAACGCGUUAAAGAUUUCAACGUCGUCAUCAGCAGCAAACAGAAGCGGCCAGCUACAGUGGGCACUCGCUUGACCACCACCAGACCACCACCACUAGACCGCCAGUUGCACAGUUUGACGCAGAAUGCACAAGCUAUUUUUUCCAAAAAUAUUACACAUUACUGCUCGCAGUAAUGCCAGAUUUCACUAUAGCUCACAGCUGGAGUCUUCUUCAGCUCCUGACCCGUCGGCGACCGGACGUAGUCGCUGGCCAAGUGCGAUUGCAAAUGCACGGAAUUCUCUUUGAGCCCCCCCUUCCCAUACAUAGUAGUCCUCCCCCCAAAGCAGCUGCCCCCCUUCCGUAGUUGGCCCGGCCAUUAACGCGGCUUUGGCGAUCGGCUACCGUUGCUACCGGUUGCUUCUUGGCCAUCUCCAUCUCCAUCUCCCUAUCCAUCGGCCGGCACUUCACUUCUUCCUCAGAGUAGUGAGUACCCCCCAUCCAUCGCUUCCUCCGCUGAUGAG